AUGGCAUCCUCAGACGGGGCAGAUGGCUCCAUCGUGCCCGCCUUGAUCGUGGUUGACAUGCAGGAGGAUUUCUGUCCACCCUCUGGGUCUCUCGCAGUACAAGAAGGCCGAGAUAUUGCACCAUUGAUCAACGAUCUUCUCUCCUGGCCAGGGUUCGUGACGCGCAUUGCGACCCAAGACUACCACCCACCAGACCAUAUCUCCUUCGCGAGCAACCAUCCUUCGCCGAACAACCGACCCUUCGAAUCGUUCAUCGAGAUGAAGAAUCCGGCACCGGGAAAGGAAACAGAGACAAAACCGCAGCAACUCUGGCCCGUCCACUGCGUGGCCGACAGUCGCGGUGCGGAGCUCAUACCCGAGAUUCGCGCCGAUCUCAUCGAUGUCCUCAUUCACAAAGGGAAGCACUCGCAGGUCGAGAUGUACUCUGCCUUUGCUGAUGCGUUUGGAAACCGUGAUCCUGCUGUGAUGGAGCGGUCGGUCAAUCUGGAUAUCGCUGAGCUGCUCCGGGCACGGAAGGUUACCGAUGUUUUUGUCGUAGGACUCGCGGGGGACUACUGUGUGAAAUUCACAGCAAUCGAUGCCGUCAAGGCUGGAUUCCGAAGUUGGCUUAUCGAGGAGGGAACCAAAUGCGUCAUGCCCGCUAGCUGGGACGAGGCCAAGGCGGAGCUGAAGGUUGCGGGGGUAUCCGUCAUUCAUACAGACGACCCAGUGAUCAAGAAGCUGGCUGUGAGGUAG